AAUCCAUCUUCAAGCUCUCCUCCACCUCCAUAAAACCCGGCCAACUCACUACUCCGGCAAGCCGCCGCCGUCCACCACGCCGGCGAACUUACCACCUCAGCCCAAGCUUGCACCACCAGCCCACCUCGCCGGAAAACACUCCUCCACGUCACCAGCAGCUCUGUCGCGCCACCUCCACGCCAUAUCCAGCUCCUUCACGCCGGCAAGAGCUUUCUCCGACGACCAGCUUUCCAAUUCCGGCAACCACCGAGCUCAACCCGAGCCUGCUGCACCACGAGCGAGCACUCUCUUUCCACGCGCGAGCCCGAGCUCUCUUCUCGCCGGAAAAAGCACGCCACCAGCUCCCUUCACUCCGGUGAGUCGACCACAGCUCAUUCCUGAGCACGUCACGUCCGUCCACCUCGGUUUUCCACCAAGAUCCGUGCCGGAGAGCUCGAACCAACACACGAGCUAG